AUGAAGAUUGCUGUUGGGUCUGACCACGCCGGUUUUGAGUACAAGACGAAGUUGCUGGCUUUGCUGGCGUAUUUGGGACACGAGGGCGUUGAUUACGGGGCCUACUCGGAUGAGGCCACGGACUACCCGGCAUGGAUUCGCCCGGUUGCCCAGGCGGUAGCGUGCGGUGAAGCCGAUCGCGGGAUCGUGCUUGGUGGGUCCGGUAACGGCGAGGCAAUCGUGGCCAACCGUAUCGCCGGAGUGCGCUGCACGUUGUGCUGGAACGCCGAAUCAGCCCGUUACGCCCGGCAGCACAAUGAUUCCAACGUGCUGUCGAUGGGACAGCGGCUGGUGUCCUGGGUAACGGCUUGCGAAGUUGUGGACGUGUGGUUGUCCACCGAGUUCGAGGGUGGACGCCAUCAGCGCCGGAUCAGCCAGAUAGACGAUUAG